AUGCUUAUUCUGCUGCUUUUAAUUCAAAUAAUUCUAGCUUUUUCAAGAUUAGACAUAGCAUUCAGCCAAGAAACCAGCCAAUCUCUACUCUUAUCAUUAUCCAGAACUCUAAAACAUUAUUAUAAUGAAUCUUUAGAGGUCAAUAUGAUGCAACUAAACAAUGAAAUCUCUAUCGAAGAUUUUGUGAAUAAUUCUGAUAUCAUAGUUGAUGCUACUUAUAAUCUUUUGCUGCAGACUAAACUAAUUAAAGCAGCAAAAGUAUUUGAAUUUAUUCACAUAAUCAUAGGAGAGUCAUCUAAAAGGGCAGACAAGCUAACUAAUUUUUCUCUCCUACCAGAAUAUGCUCAUUAUGAAGCUUUAAAUAGUUUUUUAGCAUAUUUGGACUUGCAAAGGUAUAUUUUAAUAUACAGCGAGUCCAAGCAGUCAAUAAAAACCAAAAAAUUUUUGUCAGAAGACCCAGAUAAAAAAUAUGAAUUUUGCUUCUCCAAUGAUAAUAGUGCUAAUGUGACUGAUUAUUUUAUUGGAAGAGAAGUAAAACCAACAGGAAUAAAUAAUUUUGUUGUUUUAAAUGAAGGAUUUGGGGCUAAUAAACUAGUGAACUCAUUAGUCAGAAAUAAAAUAUAUGGAGAAAAUUCAGGGGUAAUAGUGUGAAGUAAAGGAAUAUGAGGGUCUAAUCAAGAUGGGCUGAUUGUCAUUGUACAAGAAGGCUUAGAGUAUGUUGAAAGCUAUGAUGAAUAUGAAGCUAAUUCGGUCUUAAACAUGCUUCAAAAUCUUCUUUCUGAAAGUGCAAAUUUUAAGGAUAAAAAAGAAAGCAUUCCAAAGUUUAAUUUCUCAAUUGUGAACAUUCAAGAUGGGCAAAGAAUCAUCAUUGGUGCAAUUCAUAAUGGAAAAGUUGAAAUGUUUACUCAACCAAUUUUUCCAGGUCACACUCUUCGAAUUCCUGAUUCUGCUAAUUCUAACUCUCAUCUUAUAAUAUUAUAAUGCGUAGUCUAAAUUUCUUACUUAGGCUAGCAUUUUAAAUUUUUUCCAAAAUUUGGAGAAAAUUUUCACAUGUGAAAACACAGAGAAUUCACAUGUGAAAAUUUUCUCCAACGUUUGAAAAAAUUUCUACAUGUGAAAAUUUUCCCAAAUGUUGGAGAAAAUUUAAAAUGCUAGCCUAAAUAAGAAAUUUAGGCAAUGCAUUAUAUAUCUUAAUGGACUUAUUAAUUCUAUUUUUUUAAAUUUUAUAGCGUCAAGAUUAGGAUAAAAAUUUCCAUUUCUGAUGGAUCUCGAAACUUUGAUGGGUCAAUACAUCAUGGUACAGAUGUAGUCCGUGUAGGAACUUUAAGCGCACUUAAAUAUGCAAGCCAAACAAAUUUUAUAAAAAACUUUGAUUUAGUCCUUCAUCAUACGGACUGUAGUGCUGAAUAUUAUAAUUAUGAUUUUUCAUUCAAUUGCUUUUUAAAGCAAAAACAUGAAUUUGGAGUACUUUUUAUCCCGUCAAUACAUGAUGAUGUAUGUAUAGGAACAAUGAAUGAUUUCCAAGAAAUGGGACUACAAAUACCAUUAAUUGCAGACUUUUGUACUUCUUCAGAAUUAAAUGAUAAAGAAAAGUAUCCUCACUUCACACGAGUUGUCAAAGGAUUUGAAGUGCAUACUAGCACUAUGGCGCAUAUGAUGGGGAUUUUUAGGUGGAAACAUGUGGUUGUGAUGUAUGAAAAUACCACAUUAGGGAAAACUCUUUAUAAGACCUUUAUGGGUGUAGCGAAUAAGACUGGAGUAAAAGUAUUAAAUGAUGAAAAUAAAAGAAUGGUAAAAGCAAGUUAUUCCAAUGAGGACUUUGAAGAGUACAAAGACAAUAUAGCUCAUGCAAUAAAUACCAAAGGUAGGAUAAUAGGGAGUAUGAAUCUUAAUAGCAAAAAUUUUUGCAAAAAAUUUUUACAAAUUUUUCCUAUUUUCAUGCAAAAAUUUUUGCUGUCUAAAAAACGCUCCAAAUAAUAGCUCUUUUUGUGCAGGAAGAUCUUUUAAGCCAUUUUUUAUUUAACCCUUCCCCAUUUAAAAAUUUGAACAAAAAAUUCGGUUGAAAGGAGUUUAUUUAUUUUUGAUAAAAACAUUAUAUUGCAUUUUUGCUCGAUCAUUAAAUUAUGAAAUUUAUUGUUUCAAAGUGCAUUUUACAUAAACAGUAUUUUUUUACAUUCCUAUUUAAAAUAAAACAACUUUUAAUUUUUGAACAAUUAAAUUGAUAUAUAAUGAUUAUUUUACCUUUAAAUAUAUAGAAAUUUCCCUUAAAUGGCGCAGUUUGCCCUUGAUUUGCUCACUGAAAAAAUUUUUUGGUUCGACCAGUACCAUAUGGUUUGGUCAAACCCAAAAAAAAUUUUCAGUGGGCAAAUCAAGGGCAAACAGUGCCAUCUAUGGGAAAUUUCUAUAAUUUUUUUUUUUCAAUUUAAAGAGGCUAAAUUUUAAGAGAAAUGGAGUUUUGUUCCACUUUAAAAGUGGGGGAUUUGGCUUCUCAUUUUUAUGAUUUAGGAUUAAGAGCUGGAGAUGCUAUAUUUUUAUUUUAUCAAACAACUGCGUGAUUUACUAAGUAUGCUACUGGUUUAGAACAAUCUGUUAUAACAAAAUGCUUACUACCCUCUCCUCAUGAGCAAGCAAAAUCAUUGGAAAAUAUCAUAUUAAUUGUUUUUUAUUGAAAAUCCAGUUUACAAAUACAUUAUAGUAAAAAGCAAUUUGUCAAAAAAUUAAUAAAACUAUAUUUAGAUAUCAAAAUAUUUUCAUAUUAUUUUUUCUAAAAUAAAAACAAGUCUCCCUCCAUGAGCGAGCCAAAGAUUUUUGCUAAUCACAGGGUUAGAGUUAUUUUAUGGCUCUCUUUCAUUUUUUCAAGCUGAAUGAUUAGGAGAUUUAGGAAAAAUCGCCUAUAACCAAGUUGUGGACCAAUGGCAUGCACCCCCUGUGACUUAUCAAUGUCACUCAUUCAACUCUGGAUGACUUGCAGUUAAUGCCAUAAAUUAUUUAAUCCAGUUUGGAGGGGAUUACACAGACAGGGAUACUCUUCUUAAAUCAAUCAGAAAACAAAAAAUUACUGCUUGCACUGGAAAACUUCCAAUGUCUCCUGAAAUGAAUGAGCCUGACGAAAUGAUAAUAGGAAUUUAUAACUUUUUAUAUAACGCCACUACAGGGAUUUGGGAAGACUUUCUAGUUGGUUCUUACUCUGUGUCUAGAAACCCCCCAUUUUAUUUCCAGGAAAACAUUAUUUGACCUAAUAAUCAAAUCCAAGCUCCUAGUGAUAUAAGAAUUGACCCAUUGGAUUGUCCAUUUAAUAGCAGAUUAAUUCAAAAUUUUCAAACGGGAGAAAUACUUUAUUACUUGUUUGUUUAUUUUUGGACCAUUUUUGCUUUGAUAAUUUCUGCUAUUUAUUUAAAGAAAUUUUGAAAGCAGUCGUUUCCUGAUAUCAAUGGGAGAAGAGAAAUAAAUAUUAGAGAUUGGCUUACAUAUGUUUCAAUUAUAGCCCAAAGCUUUCAGUUAUUAGCUUUAGGCCCUGAUUUAACCUGGUUUUAUUGGAAAAUCUCAUAUGGGUUUAAUUUUAUAUCAGGAAGUCUAUCAGAAACUGAGAUUUAUCAAAGUGAAAUGUUUUGGCCAGUGAUAUAUUUAGCAUUGGCAACUUGUUUAGGGUUACUUUGCUUGAUUGACUACAAAAGAUAUAUAUUGAUAUUUAUUUCCGCCUUUUUAGCAUUUUAUCGACAUAUUUUUUACCUAUUUUUUUAAGCUGAUCUUAACCCAUUUUAUUACCUAUAUUUUAAUUCUCAAAAAAUUUUUAAUUAUAUUUUCCUUGAAAAAAUAUUUAAAAUAGAUUGAAAAUUAAAUCAUGAAUUGUUUCCACAAAUUUUCCUAAAAGUCUGUUUGCACAUAUUCGUAAUAAGUCGUUCUUGUUUAGCUACUCUGUCUCUAAAUUUAUUAUCCGGAUAUGAAAUUGAUUUAAAAAUUAAAUCUUGCUAUACUUCAUUAAUUUGCCAAUUUGGAAGAGAAUCAUUGGCAUAUAUUAACACUAUAUGUUUUAUCCCUGUCAUUAAUUCACUUUUUUGGCUGUAUGAAUGCCAAAAGGGCAUUGGCUCUAACUUAUAUGAUACGUUUUUAUACGGAGAUUGCAAAUCUUUUUGCUGACAAGAUUGGCAUUUAGCGUUUGUAUUUAUUUCAGGAAUAGCGCUGACCAUUUUUAUCCCAAUGACUAUAAUUUUUAAGGGGUGAAGGUCCAACUAUAGUGCAUUUUUGAUAGUGCGCAUUUCACUGAAGUACUUUUGUUCGAAAAUUUUUAAAUAGUGUACCUAUUUGGCUAAAAUUUAACGGUUUUUUUCGGUCAAAUGUCUCACCAUCAAAAAUGAUUCGAAUAUAUUUCCCCUAUGUGAUGCCGCACUACAAAUUUCCAGAGCCAAUUUUAAGACCUUAUCAUGAAUCUUUCAUUCGUGAGAAAAAUAUUUACUGUAAUAAGCAUUUUUUGAUAGCCGAAAGCAUUAUCCAGAUUUUAGCAAUCGCAUUUAAUUCUACUUGUAGAAAAUACAAUGCUUUGCAUAGUGCUUUAUACAUAUCCCUUUUAAGCAUUUAUAUAGCUUAUUCAUUUAUAUUCAAAUCUUAUAACUACUCCAGGGCAAAUCUCUGGAAUCAGGCCUCUCUAAUUUGUGUAGUUUUCAGCGCAGUCAUUUCAACAUUGUAUUGGAUUUUCCCAAAUAUCAGCGACAUUUUAUGAAUUUGUCUAUUAAUUGUAGGAUGAAUAUUGAUUAUUGUAAUUGCAUUUUAUAUACAGUUAAUAUAUUAUCCUAGCCUUUUAUUUUCUAAAAGUGGAUAUGAUAUUGGUAUACUAUUCAAAUUCGAGUUUUCUUCACAGGUAAACGCAUCACAGAUUUCUCAUCAGCCAGUAACGAAAAAAUAUGAAAUUUCUGAUAGUGCCCUAUUUCAUGCGGAAACCAAUAUUUUGCAUGUAAUAAGUCAAAGCACACAUCCUGAUCCAUUAUUUAACACUGAAUCACCCUAG